AAUUUUAAUUCCAAAUUACUUUUUGUUUAAAUUAUUACAAUAAAUGUAUUGCUUAAAUUUACCAAAUUAUGUAUUAUGUAGUAUUUCACUUUACAAAAUGAGACAAAUAUUAAAUUUUCUUUUAUUUAUUUAAAAAUCGCUGUAAUCAUUUUGUUAUUAAUUUUUUUGUAUAAUGCGUGUGCAUAAAAUAUUAUAUCAAAGAAUUCGAAUAUCCAUUUAAGAAAAUAAAAAUGAUUUCUAAACUGAGAAUAGUGAGCAUUUAUGGAUUUCUAUUGGGAUUGUCAUUUUCUUUUAUAUUAAUAUUGAAAACCUACUCACUUCCCAUUUAUUUAUUUAAUAAAGAAAUAAAUUUACUUCAUUUAUUUAUUAUUUAUACAUUAUUGACCCAUGUUUUAGUAAGAAUAAUAAAUAGAGAUAUUGUGUACAAAAUAUGUGCUCAAGCUCUCUUGUUGGGCUUAAUAUUAGCUGCUGGUAUUAUAAUUUCUGUUUUAUCAACUUCUGUAUGGAAGCCUUUUGGAUGGUAUGUAUGUAUCAUGGCUUUGUUUCAUUAUUCCGAAUUUCUUAGCAUUGCCAUUUGUAAUCCAAAAACUUUAACAACAUCAUCAUUCAUGUUAAACCAUAGUGUUGCAUAUGGUAUUGCAGCCUUAACUAGUUGGUUUGAAUAUUUAGCAUGGUAUUAUUUCUUACCUGAAAUAAAAUCAUUACACUCAAUAAGUUAUAUGGGAAUAAUAUUAUGUAUAUUUGGUGAAACACUACGAAAAACUGCUAUUUGGACAGCCAGAGAUAAUUUCACCCAUUUAGUUCAAAAUGAAAAAACACAAACUCAUAAACUUAUAACUCAUGGUGUGUACUCGUGGGUUAGACAUCCCAGCUAUGUGGGUUGGUUUUAUUGGAGUAUUGGGACUCAAAUUGUUAUGAUUAAUCCAAUAUGUGUUAUUGCAUAUGCGUUAGCUAGCUGGACAUUUUUCAAUGAGAGGAUUAACUAUGAAGAAAUGACUUUAUUGAAUUUUUUUGGUGAGGAUUACAUAUCAUAUCAAAUGAAAGUUGGAAUAGGUCUACCGUUUAUCAAGGGAUUUGAAAUAGAACAAGAAAAAUAGCAAAUUAUCAACAAUAUUCUAUGGAUAAUCAUGUUGUACGAUCAAUUUCUUAAAAAUUAAUUAAACCAAAUUAUGUACAAAGCAUUAUAAUAAAUAAUGUUUAAUAUUAGUUAAGUAUAAAAAUAUAAAGCUAAUA